UCCCCUCCUGCCAAUUACACCAUGAACCUGCCUGCCGCUUGUUGCUAAGGGGAGCCAAGCAGGGGAGCCGAGUGGACGAGGCGUCGUUUUGUUACUAAGGUGUCCUCGUCUUCCUGCAGGACCCAAGGGACCCAAGGCAGGAAGGAUGGCGGAAGGGAGCAAGGACCAGGCCUGUGUGGGCGCUAUUGAUCCAGAGGACGACUCCCCCAACAUGAUCAUCUACAGAAAGAUCGAAGACGUUGUUAUGAGAAUACAAGACGAGAAGGCGGGGGGGGUCACCAUCCGAACGGUCAAGAGCUUCCUGUCCAAGAUCCCCAGUGUGGUGUCAGGAGCAGACAUUGUUCAGUGGCUGAUGAAAAACCUCACAAUCGAGGAUUCAGCUGAGGCCAUCCAUCUGGGGAGCCUGAUCGCCGCCCACGGCUACCUCUUCCCCAUCUCCGACCAUGUCCUCACCCUGAAAGACGACGGCACCCUGUACCGCUUCCAGUCUCCGUACUUCUGGCCGUCCAACUGCUGGGAGCCUGAGAACACUGAUUAUGCCAUCUACCUGUGCAAGCGCACCAUGCAGAAUAAAGCCAGGCUGGAGCUAGCAGACUAUGAAGCUGAGAACCUCGCCAGACUUCAGAGAGCCUUCGCCCGAAAGUGGGAAUUCAUCUUCAUGCAAGCCGAGGCCCAAGUGAAAAUCGACAGGAAGAAAGACAAAGCUGAAAGGAAGAUCCUGGACAGCCAGGAGAGAGCAUUCUGGGAUGUCCAUCGCCCAGUGCCAGGCUGUGUCAACACCACAGAGAUGGACAUUCGCAAGUGUCGGCGAGAGAGGAAUCCACACAGGGUAAAGAAGUCCGUGUACGGAGUGUCGGACGAGAACCAGAGCCAGCCCAGUCCGGCCCACAUCCCCUCGCAGCCCACUCGGAAGCCCACCAAAGAGGACGUUCAGAAGGAGAUCACCUUCCUCAACAUCCAGCUGGACAGGCACUGUCUCAAGGUGUCCAAGGUGGCCGACAGUCUCAUGGGCUACACGGAGCAGUUCCAGGAGUACGACCCCUUCGUGUCCCUCACCGAGCCCUCCAACCCCUGGAUCAGCGACGACUCCUCCUUCUGGGACCUGGAGGCCAGCAAGGACCCCAGCCAGCAGCGGGUGAAGAGGUGGGGCUUCUCCAUGGAGGAGGCACUCAAGGACCCAGUGGGGCGGGACCAGUUCCUGAAGUUCCUGGAGUCAGAGUUCAGCUCAGAGAACCUCAGGUUCUGGUUGGCGGUGCAGGAGCUGAAGCGCCGACCCCUGCAGGAGGUGGCCUCGCGGGCCCAGGAGAUCUGGCAGGAGUUCCUGGCCGAGGGCGCCCCCAGCUCCAUCAACCUGGACUCCCACAGCUACGAGCGCACCAGCCAGAACCUCAAGGACCCCGGCCGCUACAGCUUCGAGGACGCACAGGAGCACAUCUUUAAGCUAAUGAAAAGUGACAGCUAUGCACGCUUCUUGCGAUCCAACAUCUACCAAGACCUCCUGCUCGCCAGGAAAAAGCAGCAGCCGGCCGACACAGAGCAGGGCCGCCGCACCUCCCUAGAGAAGUUCACCCGCAGUGUGGGCAAGUCGUUGACGGGGAAGCGUCUGACGGGCCUGAUGCAGUCGUCCUGACACAGCCGGGGCCGGAGGGGGGCGGGCGGCCCCCCGCCGACGGGUCACCGCUGCCGGAUGUCCGGGGGGC